AUGGAUUUCACUGCUGUGUUGAAUCGACUGUGCCACCACCUCCGCUGCCAGACAAUAAAAAGACGUGGUUAUUACACACGAAGUGUCCUUUGUGAUGCUGUGAAGCAGGUUAUGCUUGGAGCAAUGACAGUCACUCAGGCUUCUCGUCACUAUAAAAUCCCCCGUACGACCAUCCAGAAACAUUUUAGUAAAGCCCGUGAGCAACACAACCUAAAAGAGAUGUAUAUCCGACGGAUGGAAGCUGCCGAGAAAGGAUUAAUGGGCCGAGUUAGCAGUGGUGAAGGGAGACUUUAUCAAUCAUCACGUCCUAUUUGUGAGCCAGAGGCAAUGAGAAAGCCAAAUCCAGCUGCCGACGUCACAAGCUUCCAGAGUCGCUCCUCUAAAGCAGCCGUAAAGCCAUUAACUCGUGUUGUGCUGAGAAGAGAAGGCAGUGAAGAAGUUGUAAAAGUGGUUGUGAUACCACGGUUACCCUCGGCUCCUUGA